GUAACUUUCGAUCCAAGAUGGCGCCCGUUGGCGAGAGAAAUGACAGAUUGGGUUCAUCAACGCCUGAUGAUGAUGAAAAUGAAGGCCAAAAUCUUUGGUCAACUAUCUUGGGAGAAGUGCAGUCUAGCUCUUCAACAAAUUUACCUACAUCAAAAUCUAUUUUAGCUCUAGGAGACACAGAAUGUGGUAAGACCACAUUAAUAGCCAAACUACAGGCUACUGAGGAGCCAAAGAAAGGCACCGGUUUAGAAUAUUAUUAUAUAGAUGUCAAAGAUGAAUAUAGAGAUGAUCAAACUAGAUUAGGAGUAUGGGUAUUAGAUGGAGAUACAACACACACUAGUUUACUUAAAUAUUGUAUAACAGAAGAGAACUUUGAACAUAGUCUAGUCCUAUUAAUGGCAUCCAUGUCACAACCUUGGUCAAUAUUAGAAUCUUUAGAUAAAUGGGCAAAUGUCUUACAACACCAUAUAGAUAGGAUGAAACUUCCACCAGAAGAUAGGAGGGAAUAUGAAGAAAGUUUGGUACGAUACUUCCAAGAAUAUGUAGAACCCGUGGAGGGACAGACAACACAGUCUGCUCCACGUAGAGAUCACAAUCCUCUACAUCCACCAGCAGUACAUAGCGAUAGUGACAAAGUACAGUUACCACUUGGUGAAAAUUCACUAACACACAACCUAGGUAUUCCAAUUGUAGUAGUUUUAACACAGAGUGAUGCAAUCUCAAAGUUAGAAAAAGAGCAUGACUACAGAGAAGAGCAUUUUGAUUUUAUUCAACAGCAUGUUAGGAAAUUUUGUUUAAAAUAUGGUGCUUCUUUGGUGUACACAUCAGUGAAAGAAGAAAAGAAUUGUGAUUUAUUAUAUAGAUAUUUAGUACAUAGAAUUUAUGGUUUCCCAUUUGAUAUGCCUGCGUAUGUUGUAGAAAAAGAUAGUGUAUUUGUUCCAGCAGGCUGGGACAAUGAGAAAAAAAUUAGUAUAUUAUUUGAAAAUUUACACAAUAUGAAACCAGAUGAUGCAUAUGAAGAUAAAAUAGCCAAACCAAAAGUAGGAAAGCAAAUCCAGAGAGAUGCAGAAGUAGCAGUAGAAGAUGAACAAGUAUUCUUACUGAAACAACAAACAACAUUAAAUAAAACACCAGCACCAGGCCCAGGAGGGGAAUCUCCUCAGCGGCCCCCAGCAGGUACGUCUACAACCACUCCGCCAAGACAACAACAGACGACACCACAGUCUACAGCAUCACCUAAAAAGAUGGAGGGAGCCAAACCUGGUACAGCACCUGGAAGUGAAGGAAUGCUGGCUAAUUUCUUCAACAGUCUACUCAAUAAAAAUCCUAAAGGAGGCGGCACACCAGUAGCUGGAAAUAAAGCAGGUUUAGGUGGAAAUCCUACCAGAAUUAGUCUGCAUGCAGCCUUGGAUGGGGACGUAAAAUUACGGACCCGAGAUAAAGCUGCCGUUUCUCAAGAUGCUGCUGCUGAAUUAGAGAGAAUGAGGAGAACAAAGAAGGCUAUACCUGAAGUCAAACCUAAUGGACCUGACAGCACGGCCACAUGAUCUCACUUUAAUUCUAGUUACUCUUGACAAUUAUAAAAAUCUACAGCACUGGCCCUUAAAAAACAUAUAUCUGUGAUGGUCAGUAGCCUGGUCCAGCGGUUGUUAAAAUGCCAAAGGGAUCAUUGAUGAAGUUUACCAUUUCCUAUCAUGCCCAAAGAAAACAAAUAACAGCUGGGAAAAUGUAAAUUUCAUGAGCCUGAAAAAAAUUAACAUGGUUGUGUGAGUGGCAAGGAGAGUUAUGUCCCUUUGACAUCAGGGUAGCCAUUGGGGAACAUGCUUCAGAGGUCAAAGGCUUAAGUGCAAAGUUAUAUUCUUGUUACAUCUUUUGUUUUCAUGGACGUAGAAUCUAGUCAGUCUGCUUGGCAUUACACAUUGUCAUAAUAUGUUUACAAGUUACGCUUUGUACUAAAUUUCUUUACACAAAUUUCCUGGGCAAUUACCUUUUUUAAGUCUCAUAAAUUUUACUGUUUGUGUGUUCACAUUCCAUCAUUAGUUUAAAGUGCACCUUUUAUAAUAUAACCAAUUGAAAUUCAAACAAUUUUUCAUUAUAAAAAAAGCAUCUCAUAUCAAAAAAAAAAAUUAAGGACUAUCUGAUUCAAUUACUUUGUAAGGAUGUACAUUUUUUAUUAUUUGUGAAAAAAUUUGUAUAGACCAAAUAAAAAAAUGUAUAAAUGGUACAAAUCAUAUUUUUGCAUUUAGAAAUUCAUAUAAUAUUUAUAGAAAAAAAAACAGAGGUUCAGAUUAUAUAUUAGAUUCUACACAAUGUGUAAAGUUAAACCUCCUGUAGAAUUAUACUUUCAUAUGCACCUUCUUGGGCAUUGACCACUGAAAUGUUAGUUUGCUCACAUAAAAUAAUUGUGCAAUAGAGUUUAGUGCUGAAUUAAAACUUUCCCAUUGUAUCUAUUUGUUAAUCUGUACUAUCACUCAAGUUGAAAGACAAGCAAUUGAAUAAAUUUCAUUUUAAGAUUUUUGCAAUUUUCAAAGAACUUCUUUAAAGUUGUAAUUGCUUUUUUAAGAAUUGUAUUUGUUUUUUACCUCUGUGAGGUAACUUUUUGGCUUAUUUUUUAAUAGAAAUUUAAUGGCAUUUUUAGGUACAUGUAGUAAAAUUUCAAAUGAAAAAAACCCCUGUAAAAUUCUUAAUUGUCAAAUUGUUCCAACUAUAUGCUUUUAUGCAACAGAAAGAAAUCAUCUUGUGAUCAAAUUCAAAAUAUAAGCUGAAAUAUAGGAUGUGCAAGUCUUAGAAUUUAUGUUAUUUUGUACCUCCAUUUAUUUAAAUAUUCUUUAACAAAGAUACAAUGGGAAAGUUUUAUUAUGAAUAAGAGGCAUUUUCUUAUUGAAUGUCCACUCUUAAUCAUGAAAUUCCUAUCCAACCCUGAUGAAAUAUUCCAGUUACAAGGAAAUAUUUUUAAAUUGUUUAUGUAUGUUAUUGUAUAUUAUAUGUAUAAGUUGCUGUGAAUAGUUCCUGUACAAAGUACUUGUAGAGGCUGCUUGACGUUAUUGUAGGUCAUUAAUCAAUACCAAACUAUUGGUUUGGUGUGAUAGAAUAAAAAUUAUUCAAAAUCUUGAACGAGUAUCACUUUGGAAUGAGCUUACGGUAAUUUUGUUUAAUAGGAUGACAGAAUUUGCCUUUUAUUAUUUUAU